GAUGUGAGCCGGUCUGUAACUGUCUUAGAAGUCAGUUUGUAUUUCUUGUUUAUUUAAUUAUUUUUAAAGUGUCUUGUUGGGGACCUUUCAUUUGAAACUGCUUAGUAAAGCGCUGGUUUGAGUGGAGACUUAUUAUGAAAAAAGCUCAGAGUGGCUCAAAAAGACAGAUGUCUGCACUGCAUGGAAAGUUAAAGAGUGUUCAAGUUCUAAUAUUUACAUUCUACUCAUGUGAAGUUAAAAAGGACAUGCAAGAUUAAGUUCUCCUUUUGGUAACAUGCAGCCAAUGAAUUCUCACGGCAUCUUGAGUUGGUUGAUUAUGAACCAGUCAAUAAAUCGCCAGUCAUCAGAGAAUCCUUGUGCUCGUGAAAUUACUGGGCGGAGUUAUAGUGAGAAUUCAACUGCUCUUCACGAGUAGGAGAAGAGAAGACCCAACCAGUAGUCAGCAAAGCUUCAAGUUAACAUCAAGUUCAUCACAUUCUGGAUUCUGCAAGAUGAAGUACUACUUACACCGGUAACUAAGAAGCAAGAGGCAAAUACAGAGUCAAGGCACUAUCAAGUUAAGACCAACAAGAAAGUUAAGCACACACAAGUUCAAGUUAAGGUGCUUAAGGUGGACUUAUUCUUGAUAUUUGCUUAAAAGAGACUCUUUAAGUGUUCAAUGUUAUUUUAAAGAAGUGCUGGUGUUAUGUGCUUACUCAUUUAAACUUUAAGUCAUUUUGGAGAAGUAUUAAGCUUAAAUAAGAAGAUAAUUGUUGACUGAACUGUUGAAAAUAUCCAUGUUCAGUACAAUUCAUGUUGUAUGAACAAUUAAAAAUAGACAGUGCAACAAAGAGAUCUAGAAAAUGGCAGAAGGUGGCCAGUCUACUAGGGGUAGCAAAGAAAAUAUAACAGAGAUUAUGCAAUCACAGCAGCAACUAAAAUCCCAGGAAUGUGUAGAGACACAUGAAUCAAUAGCUGUUGAUGAUACAACAGAUCCAGAGCCACGAAGAAGUCAAAGAACCCACAAAUUUACUGAAAAGGGUAAAGAAUUACAUGAUAAAAAGUUGGCUAAACUUAAAAAUCACUUUCAAGGCUCUUAUGAGAAAUGGAAAGCUCUGGCUAGAGACGCUAGACAAAAACUGAUGGGACGUCUCUCCAAUGACAUGCUGCAAGCUCUUAUAGGCACAAUAAGCUCUGCUUCAAAGGAUUUAAAUGUUGUUUAUGAAGAGUUGCGACAAAAUGUGAGUCCUGAUAGUGAUACUCGUCGCAGAAUAGACACUUGUGGUGCCGUCACUAAGAUGAUAGUUGAGUCUGCAAGGAGUCGUUUAGGUGAGGGAGUUGAGGGUCAAGAUCCUUUCAUUCAAGAGGGAUGCUGUACUGAUACAGGCUCAGUAUUUUCAUCCGUAGCCUCCAAAUCAAGUAAUGGACAUUCCAAGUCUUCUUCUCAGUCCUUAAACAACUCAAGCAUCAGCUCCAGAGGUUCAAGUUUGUCCUCUGUUAAGAAACAAGAAGCUGCUGCAGAAAUUGCUGCAACUGAAGCAACUUUAGAAAUAUUACAACAACAAGAACGUGAAAUAGAGGAACUCCAAAGACUUGAGGCUGAAGAGAAAAGGAGAACAGCAGAACAAGAAGCAGAAGCUUAUAAACGUCGACUAGAAAGAGAAGAAGCUAGACUGUGUGUAAAGUUUGAAGCUGAAAAUGCCACCAGACGGAAGGCACUGGAAGACAAGCGCAGAGAGCUAGAACGCUUGGAGACGCUUAAGAAGUUAAAUGCUGCAAAGGCACGGAUGCAAGUCUAUGAGCAGACAGAAGACUCAAAGGAUGAAACCAGAGAGUUACUCCAUGACUGUGCACCUGUGCAGAAGAAGCACAUACCUAAAUCAAGCAGCUCCUUGUUCGAGCACACACCUCCACACAAAGUAGUAAUAAAAUCACAUCAAGAAGAUAGCACUGCAGACCUUGUUAGGAUGUUAGCAGAAUCAAUCAGUUCAAAUCGUCUUCCUAUACCACAACCUGCAACAUUCUAUGGAGAUCCACUCAGAUUUAGUGAUUGGAAAAUAUCUUUUCAAACUUUGAUUAACAGAAAGAACAUACCAGUAAGUGAAAAGAUUUACUACUUACGAAAGUAUGUUGAAGGACCAGCUAAAAAAGCCAUUGAAAGUUACUUCCUAUUGGGCACAGAGUCAGCUUAUCAUGCAGCAUGGGCUAUUCUAGAAGAAAGGUAUGGAAAUCCGUUCAUCAUUGCCAAAGCCUUUAGGGACAAGCUUAAUUCAUGGCCCAAGAUAGGUUCUAAGGACAGUGUUGAGCUGAGGGAAUUUACUGAUUUUCUCAGAGGCUGUGAAACAGCUAUGACUGAGAUUAAAAGCCUUCAAGUUCUCAAUGACUGUAACGAAAACCAGAAGAUCCUUUCCAAACUUCCUGAUUGGUUAGCCUCGAGGUGGAAUCGUCAGGUAAUAGAGACUGAAGAAGAAACUAAGACGUUUCCUACCUUCAGUCAGUUUGUGGAGUUUCUUGCAAAAGAAGCUAAGAUCGCUUGCAACCCAGUGACAUCCCUUCAUGCUCUAAAGUGUACUGAGGUUGGAAAAGGAAAGGUAGUAAGAAAUCAAGGCACUAGAGUGAAGGUGUUAGCUGUUCGGUCUAGUGAGAAAACAGUUGCAAAAUGCGCUUUCUGUGAUAAACCAGGACAUGCCAUUCACAAAUGUCGUAAGAUGUGUCUUGACAACCAUUCUGGAUCAGUCAGCUCAAAGACUGGAUAGUGCCUCUUUAAGAACAUUUCUCUAUGAAGUCAUGGCUAUCAUAAAUAGCCGACCAUUAACAACAGAGCAUCUAAAUGAUCCAUCUGGUCCACAACCUCUUACACCUAACCACAUAUUGACUAUGAAGUCUUCAGUAAUUUUACCACCACCUGGAGAGUUCGUUAACGAAGACGUUUAUCUUUGUAAAAGAUGGCGCAAAGUGCAAUUUUUAGCUAAUGUAUUCUGGUCACGUUGGAGGAAAGAAUAUCUUCUAAACCUUCAACAAAGGCAGAAAUGGCACAAAUGCCGUAGAAAUGCAAAAGUCAAUGACAUUGUCAUUCUGAAAGAGGACACAGCUCCACGCAGUCAAUGGAAGUUAGCGAAGGUGACAGAAGUGCACACUGGCACAGAUGGCUGUGUCAGAACAGUGAAGUUAUUGAUCAGUGAUUCAACACUGGAUAGAAGUGGCAAGCGUGUUACAAACCCAACUUACCUUGAAAGGCCCAUCCAGAAAAUUGUUACCCUAAUUGAAGCAGAUUAAGAAUUCCUACCAUUCCUUGGGUUAGUCUAUAAUAUUUUUGGUUA